AUGUGCGAAACACCAAGAAGAGAGGUCCCAAGCCUCGGUGCCAACAGUGUAGAUGAUAUCGCCAUUGUUGGCUUGGCGUUGCGAUUUCCUGGCGAAGCUACUUCGCCACAAAAGCUCUGGGAUGUGUUGGAGCGGAAAGAGUCUCAGUGGUCUGAAUUUCCUAAAGACCGACUUAAUAUUGACGGAUAUUAUCACCCAAGCAAUCAGAGGUUGGGAAGUCUUUCGUUUCGAGGAGGACAUUUUUUGAAGGAGGAUAUCAGUGCUUUUGACGCUCCUUUCUUCUCAAUCCCGACAGAGGAAGCAAACGCAGUUGAUCCUCAGCAGCGUAUGCUCCUUGAAGUCUCGUACGAAGCUCUUGAGAAUGCUGGUAUUCGUAAAGAAGAUAUUGAUGGUAGUGAUGCUGCGGUCUAUGUGGGAUCAUUUGUCAAAGACUAUGAAUACAUCAGUCUCCGUGACCAGAAUUGGGGUCCGAAAUACGCCGCAACAGGAAAUGGGAUUGCUAUCAUGUCGAAUCGCAUAUCAUAUUUCCUCAACCUGCAUGGCCCGAGCAUGACAGUAGACACUGGCUGUAGCUCCAGCCUUAUUGCAGUGCAUUUGGCUGCACAGAGCCUUCGAACUGGCGAGACGUCAUUGGCUCUAGCUGCAGGAACUGGCAUGAUUCUGUCUCCUGAAACUAUGCUGCCGAUGACGGCGUUAAAUUUCUUAAGCCCGGACGGAAAAUGUUUCACAUUCGAUUCGCGAGCAAAUGGUUAUGGCCGAGGUGAAGGGAUUGGUGUUGUAGUCAUGAAGCGUCUGACAGAUGCUAUCCGAGACAACGAUACCAUUCACGCCGUUAUGCGGGCUAGCAAUGUUAACCAGGAUGGCCGAACCAAAGAUGGACGGUACAUUAACGAGAUAUUAGGCAUUACCUUUCCUAGCGGAGACGCUCAGGUUGCCAACAUCCGUGCUGUCUAUGAUUCAGCCGGUCUUGAUUUUUCUCAGACUGGCUACAUCGAGUGUCAUGGCACUGGAACGCAGGCAGGUGAUUGGCAAGAGCUCCAAGCUAUCUCUCAAAGCAUCGCUUCUAUCCGCACUAUUGAUAACCCUGUCAUGGUGGGCUCUAUCAAGACCAACAUCGGCCACCUUGAAGGUGCAGCCGGGAUUGCUGGCUUAAUCAAGGGAGUCUUGGCUUUGGAACGCGGUCUUGUGCCACCAAACAUUAAUUUCAUAAAGGGGAAUCCCAAAAUUGAUUUCAAGAAAUGGAAAGUCAAGGUGGUCCCGACGGAAGUUAGUGAUUGGCCUAUCCCAGGCAUUCGUCGUGUCAGUGUCAACUCCUUCGGCUUUGGUGGUUCAAACGCCCAUGUCGUGGUAGAUGAAGCCCCAGGAUAUCUUACGCUGAAAGGUCUGAAAGCAAACCACUCCUCUACCGACGUUACACCACAGAGUAGCGCUGGAGCCUCAACCGAAGCAAGGCCCGAAGCCCGGUUGUUUUGCUACUCGGCAAAUGACAAUCCUGGUGUUUCCCGCGUUAUGAAAUCUCAUAUUCAGUUUCUUGAAUCCAUUCAAAAAGACACCGGAGACUCUUUGCGCAACUAUUCGUACACUCUCGGCUGCCGUCGAUCUAAUCUCGAGUGGAAAGGGUUCAUCAUAGCCGAAUCUGCGUCAGACCUUGUGGCUAAAAUUCUAGCCUUCGAUACGACUCAUUUGACUCGCUCGUCGCUGAAGAAGCAGUCAAAGCUUGGCUUUGUCUUCUGUGGUCAGGGUGCCCAGUGGGCGCAAAUGGGUACAGAUCUCAUGUCUUUCAACGUGUAUAGCGCCAGUCUUAAGGAGGCCAGUUGCUUCUUACAAAUUGUACUGGGAUCUCGAUUCGAUCUCUUGAAAGAGAUUCUUAGAGGAGGCGAAGACACACGUAUAUCUGAUCCUGAAAUCUCCCAGCCGGCAACAACCGCUCUUCAAGUCGCCCUUGUCGAUUUGCUCAAAUCUUUUGAUAUUCAACCCAAGUAUGUUCUUGGGCAUUCUUCGGGAGAAAUUGCUGCUGCUUAUGCCUCGGGGGCUAUAUCACGAUAUGACGCUUGGAGAAUUGCCUAUUAUCGCGGCCUCGCUGCUGCCAGUAUUCCAUUCAGAGCUUCGAAGCUGAAAGGAGGCAUGAUGGUAGUUGGAAUGUCAACUGAAGAGGUAUCAGCGUAUCUCGCCAGGGUUAAUAAGUCGGCGCAAAUCGCUUGCAUCAACAGUCCUCGAUCCAUUACAAUUUCUGGUCAAGCUGACGCCAUCGAAUUUAUCGCUCAUGAUCUGCGCCAAAAGAACAUAUUCAACAGGGUCCUAAAUGUCAAGGUUGCUUAUCAUUCGUCCCAUAUGAAGCUUGUCGAAGACGAUUACGUUGCAGCUCUCGACGAGAUUAUUGCCAACGAUUGCUUCGAAGGAGUCAAAAUGUUUUCUUCUGUCACCGGCAAAGAGAUCAUGGGAAGUGAAUUGAACGCCAAAUAUUGGGCAAAUAACAUGGUUUCUCCUGUUCAAUAUGUUGCGGCAGUUCAGUCACUAAUGAACCUUCCGGUGGAUGAUCGUCCAGACGCUUUGGUGGAACUUAGUCCCAGUGCCGUUCUUCAAUCGCCAACGGCCGAUGUGCUUGCCAUGAUUGGUGUUGCCGGCCCAUCAUACCAUUCAGUCCUUGAACGGAAACAAAAUGGGUGUAAAACAGUGUUCAAUCUUGUUGGUACUUUGUGGUCCAAAGGGUAUCCAGUGAAUAUGAAGAACACCGUAUCAAAGGGCCAUGGGCAUGAGUCUUUGAGGUGUCUCUCCAAUUUGCCAUCAUAUGUAUGGGAUCACACUAAAAAGUACUGGCACGAGACUGAAAUGAGUCGUGAGAGCCGUCUGAGAGAGAAUCCUCGAAUGGACCUUAUCGGCUACAGAGUAGUUGAUUCCAUUGCAUCCUUUGAGCCUAUAUGGCGAGGUUUCUUGCGCAUCUCAGAAAACCCUUGGAUUCAAGAUCAUCAAGUGCAAAAGACAAUCGUCUAUCCGGCCGCCGGCAUGAUUUCAAUGGUUCUGGAGGGAGCAAAGCAAUUAUCCAAAGGCACCCAGAAUCUUCUGGGCUAUGAGCUUGUAAAUAUGAGCAUUGAGAAAGCCAUGACCAUUCCCAAUACCGCUUACGGCCUGGAAGUCUCACUAAGAAUAAAAAAAUAUCCGGUGAAUACGGAGGGUCACGGAAAGAUUAAAGAAGGAUCAUUUGCCAUUUACUCUCGUCUUCAGGGUCAAUCAUGGAAUCGACACGCCAGUGGCAGCCUACGUUUCCAUUACAAGGUUGGAAACUGGGGAGCUGCUUUCCGAUCGUAUGAGGUUCGCCACAAUGCUAUAAGCGAGAAUUGCAAGGAGUCAAUCAUUCCACGACAACUUUACGAGCACCUUGAUUCCAUCGGAAUGAACUACGGACCCUUAUUCCAGAAUAUUGCAGAGGUUCGCAAGUGCGAUGGCCACUGUGUGAGCAGAAUCAAGAUCCCAGAUACGAAGUCCAAAAUGCCCUGCAAGUUCGAGUAUCCACACCUUUUACACCCGGCUACUUUGGAUUCCAUGAUCCAAACUCUUUUGGCUAUACAGCCAUCGCCAAUGGUUCCUGUUUUCAUUAAAAGUCUCUUUGUGGCAGAAAACUUGGGUGGUGCAGAGUCUGGCGCGGAUUUUACCGGCUACUCUUCAGUUAGCACCACUGGUAUUCGAAACGCAGAAGCCACUAUUGUCAUGAGGCAGACAGCACUAGAUCAAGCAUAUGUUGUCAUUGAAGGCCUAAGUUUUACUGCAUUGCCUCAUCCAUCGCCCGAAGAAGGGGGGUUCCUACCCAGCAAUCGCAAUCUUUGCAGCCAGAUCCUCUGGAAGGAAGACGCUACUUUUGCUCGGCCGAGUUCGUACGUCGAACAAGUCACUAUUCUGGCUCACAAGUAUUCGGGAUUGUCGAUUCUCCAAAUCGGCGGCGGUUAUCAGCUCUCGCAGGCAACUAUCGAGGCAGUCAGCUCAGAUCCUGACGUGACUCCUCAGCUCCUGAGAUAUACCAUUCUUGAAGUGGACAGAGAUGAUACCGCGUCACAAAUUCUUUCCUCUGUAAAAGACACCUCGCUGCAACCGUUCAUUGAGAGAAUAUCGGAUCUUUCAGCUAUCAGCAAUGAUUACCACUUAAUCGUUGCUUGCGGUGACAUCCAGGCGGAUAUCGACCUAUUGAAAACGAAAUUGAAAGUUGGUGGUGUCUUACUAAUGGAAGUCACCGUCCCUACAGAGUCGAAUAACCACAUUAUAAGAGGUGGCGGGGACUACAUCCAUUUCGUGGAGGGCGAAGUCGAAAUUCUCCUGGAAGCUCAUAGACAUAGCCAACGCUCUCGUCUAACCAGUCCUGUCAUCAUCAUCACCCCAAAAGAAGUUGGCUCUGAAGUUCAAAAGUUUAUCUCUGCUAUCAGUCGAAUGAAAGAAGCAAGCAAACUCCCUCUCAGUGUCUCGUCUAUAGCAGUCGACAGACUACUUGAAGACCCGAGUGCAAUCGAUGGCAAGACAGUCAUUUCGCUGCUUGAGUUUUCUGGACUUGUGCCUCGUGGUUACUCCAUUUUUGAUUGGGAGAAAGAAGAUUUCAACGCCUUUUGCGUGAUACAGAAACGGGCAGAUCAUGUCUUCUGGGUCACUCGAGGAGCCCUGAUGAGCUGCGAGAAUCCUCGCGGAAGUCCCAUCAUUGGACUUUCUAGGACUCUAAUCUCCGAAGAUCUCCUCAACUCAAUUGUCAUUUUCGACUUGGCGGAUAAAUCAAAGCUCGAUGAUUCCGCCGUUGUUAACAACGUAUCGUCUCUUCUGGAUACGACCUUUGGAUCUAAGCAAGGGCCCGUACAAGAUACAGAGUUCGCCGAAGAUGGUGGAAAGAUUUACAUCCCUCGUCUCACAACACUCCGUUCCAUCAACCGCAUCAUUGAAGGCGAAGUCCUCUCUGGGAAGAUCUCUCAGAAGCCAUUCGCUAGCGACUUUGGUCUGCAACUCACGAUCAACGCACCGGGUAUUAGUGACGAUAAUUUAUUUUUCGUCAAGUCUGAACGGCAAGAUUUAGGAGCAGACGAGGUCGAAAUCGCAUUUAAGGAGGCACCUUUAUCCAUUCUUGAUCUCGAGAUUGUCCUUGGAAGAUCUCAGGGUUCGACUAUCGGGUUGGAUGUUAGGGGCGAAAUUACUCGGGUUGGCAGCGAAGUCAGAGGGCUGUCUGUAGGCGACAACGUUGUUGCUUUGGUUCCUAAUGGCUCGAUCAAAAACUUGGUGCGAGUCAAAUCUCAAUUCGUGAAACGCGUUGACGCCGACAUUGUCCCAAGUUUUCUUGUCAGCGCUUACUUCGCCCUCAUUCAUAUAGGGAGAGUAAAACGAGGCCGCAGGGUGUUAAUACAUAGCGGUGCUAGUGCUUUUGGCCUCGUUGCGGUUGAGUUGGCAGUGGCUAUUGGAGCUCAGGUAUUUGCUACUGUUAUUGGUCCAGAGGUUGAUCGACAGCGAGAGAUUCUAGAACGACAUGGCGUUCCGAGAGAGCAUAUACUGGAAGCAGAUUCUGGACUCUUCGUCGCCAGUCUGCUAGGAGCUACAGAUGGUAAAGGAGUGGACUGUCUAUUUAACCCAACUUUGGAAGCAUUCGACGUGGAAUUCGAUUGCGUCCGAAAAUGUGGUAGCAUCGUCCGAUUCGCGAGUAAGUCUGCGACUCCAGAUCCUGAUUUUGUAGCAGAACUCCUAGAACGAGCUACUCAGUUUAUCCAGACUGUUGCCUUCAGACUCUCCUUACCCGCCGAACUCAAACAAGUUUCCGACAUUGGCGAAUUGAAAGAUGGUCUACUACACCUUCAGCAAACGCCAUAUAUUGGAUUUGUCUCGCUAUGUAUGGCUGAGGACGACUCGAGCACAGUUCCUGUAUUGAAUGAGCAUAUUACAAAGUCGCUUCAGGAGUCUCUUGAGUCAGAUGGGACAUACCUGCUAACAGGUGGUCUGGGUGGCCUCGGGAGGAGCAUAGCUGAGCUUCUUGUGAGUAAUGGCGCCCGGCAUCUAGCUUUCAUUUCUCGAUCAGGCGCAUCAUCAGAUGCAUCGAAGGCAUUCAUCGAGGAUCUGCGGUCGAGAGGUGUUGACGCGCGAGCCUAUGCUGUGGAUAUUUGCGACAAAUCUGAGUUAGACUCCCUCAUCAAGGAUGUUAUUGCCUUGGAUAAGCCUCCCAUCCGCGGUGUAUUUCAGUGUGCUGCGGUACUCAGGGAUUCCGUCUUCAAUAACAUGACAUUUGAGGAUUGGGACACAGCCAUCAAACCAAAAACUCUUGGCUCGUGGAAUUUAUAUCGUAGCAUAUCGGCUGCAGAUCAAAAUCCCUUUUAUAUUUUUCUUGCCAGUUCCUCAGGCAUUAUAGGCAACCGCGGCCAAGCCAAUUAUGCUGCAGGCAACUGUUUUCAAGACUCGUUUGCAAGAUAUCUCCAGAAGCAAGGGGAGCGUGCUGUGGCCAUUGACUUCGGUCCGGUCUUGGGAGCUGGUAUGCUUGCUGAGAAUGAAGAUAUUCUGGAUACUUUACGAUCCAACGGUUUCUUUGGUAUUCAGCAUGAAGAUUUUCUCACAGUUGUCAAGCAUGCCAUCACAGGAGAGAUAACGCCGGGAGUGCCUAUUCCUCCUCAAAUCACCGUGGCUGUUGGAACAGGAGGUAUUAAUGCGCAGAUCAACGCUGCAGACCCAUACUGGACUCGCACUGCCCUUUACUCGUACCUCAACUUGGUUGACAUUGCUCCGCCAAAUCUACUCAUUGAUGGAGAUGAAAGCAAUAGAGACAUGAGGACUAUGAUAGCCUCUGUUGUAAGCUUUGAUGAGGCAUCAUCCAUUGUCCGCGACGGCCUCUCCGUGAUGCUAGCUAAGGCAAUGAAUACGAUGCCCUCUGAGAUCGAUAUGAAUAAGUCAUUGAUUGCUUAUGGCGUGGAUUCUCUCGUGGCUGUCACUAUUCGAAGCUGGAUUCUAAAUAAUUGCGGCGUCCAAUUAUCUGUGUUUGAGAUUCUCAGUGAUUCGCCCAUCACAGAGAUGGCAAACACAAUCGCGGUGAAGGGAGGUUAUGGAGGAGGGAAAUCGGAGUAA